UGUUGUCCGAAGCUGGGGACAAGAAGACAGGGAAGAUCAGUGAAGUGAACCCGACGCUCGGACAGAAAGUGAAAGGCAGCGCGGUGGGCGGGAAGCCACCGGCGGCAGUGUAACUAUGGGUCAGACUGGAAAGAAAUCUGAGAAAGGACCAACUUGUUGGAGGAGGCGUGUGAAAUCAGAAUAUAUGAGGCUUAGACAGCUCAAGAGAUUCAGGCGAGCAGAUGAAGUAAAGAGCAUGUUUAAUUAUAAUCGUCAGAAGAUACAAGAAAGAACAGAAAUCUUAAAUCAAGAAUGGAAACAACGCCGGAUACAACCUGUACACAUCAUGACUUCUGUGAGCUCAUUGCGUGGGACCAGGGAGGUUGAACUAAUAAAAAACUAUGAUGGAAAGGUACAUGGAGAUAGGGAGUGUGGAUUCAUCAAUGAUGAAAUAUUUGUGGAGUUAGUCAAUGCACUUGGUCAGUACAGUGAUGACGACGAUGAUGAUGAUGACGACGACGACGAUGAUGAUGAUGACAAUCUUGAUGAGAGAAAUGAAAAACUGAAAACAGGGGAGACUAACAGAAUGGAGAAAGAGUGUCAUCCACCUCGGAAGUUUCCUUCUGAUAAGAUAUUUGAAGCCAUUUCUUCAAUGUUUCCUGAUAAGGGUACAGCAGAAGAAUUGAAAGAAAAAUACAAAGAACUUACUGAACAGCAGCUUCCAGGAGCACUUCCUCCUGAGUGCACACCAAACAUAGAUGGACCAAAUGCCAAAUCUGUUCAAAGGGAGCAAAGUCUACACUCUUUUCAUACUCUUUUUUGUAGACGGUGUUUCAAAUAUGAUUGUUUUUUACAUCCAUUCCAUGCAACUCCUAAUACUUACAAACGGAAAAAUACAGAAACUGCAAUAGAUAAUAAACCUUGUGGGCCACACUGUUAUCAACAUCUGGAAGGAGCUAAAGAGUUUGCUGCUGCUUUGACUGCUGAGAGAAUAAAAACACCACCAAAGCGUCCAGGAGGUCGCCGAAGGGGAAGGCUUCCAAAUAAUACCAGUAGACCCAGCACACCAACCAUAAAUGUUCUAGAAUCAAAGGAUACAGACAGUGACAGAGAAGCUGGAACUGAGACUGGAGGUGAAAAUAAUGAUAAAGAAGAAGAAGAGAAAAAAGAUGAGACUUCAAGCUCCUCUGAAGCAAAUUCUAGGUGUCAAACACCAAUCAAGAUGAAGCCAAAUAUAGAGCCUCCAGAAAAUGUUGACUGGAGUGGUGCUGAAGCUUCUAUGUUCAGGGUUCUCAUUGGUACCUACUAUGACAAUUUCUGUGCAAUAGCUAGGUUAAUUGGGACCAAAACAUGCAGGCAGGUAUAUGAAUUUAGAGUAAAGGAAUCUAGUAUUAUUGCUCCAGCACCUGCUGAAGAUGUUGAUACUCCUCCAAGAAAGAAAAAAAGGAAACACAGACUGUGGGCUGCUCAUUGCAGAAAGAUACAGCUAAAGAAGGAUGGAUCAUCUAAUCAUGUUUACAACUACCAGCCAUGUGAUCAUCCACGCCAGCCUUGUGACAAUUCAUGUCCGUGUGUCAUUGCACAGAACUUUUGUGAAAAGUUCUGUCAGUGCAGUUCAGAAUGCCAAAAUAGAUUUCCUGGAUGCCGUUGUAAAGCACAAUGCAAUACAAAGCAGUGUCCUUGCUACUUAGCUGUACGUGAGUGUGAUCCAGAUCUCUGUUUGACAUGUGGAGCAGCUGAUCAUUGGGAUAGUAAAAACGUGUCUUGCAAGAAUUGCAGCAUUCAACGAGGGUCCAAAAAGCAUCUGCUGCUAGCACCUUCUGAUGUGGCAGGCUGGGGGAUUUUCAUUAAGGAUCCAGUGCAGAAAAAUGAAUUUAUCUCUGAAUAUUGUGGAGAGAUUAUUUCUCAGGAUGAAGCAGACAGAAGAGGGAAAGUGUAUGAUAAAUACAUGUGCAGCUUUCUAUUCAAUUUGAAUAACGAUUUUGUGGUUGAUGCAACACGGAAGGGUAACAAAAUAAGAUUUGCAAACCAUUCAGUCAAUCCCAACUGCUAUGCAAAAGUUAUGAUGGUUAAUGGAGAUCAUAGAAUAGGCAUAUUUGCUAAGAGAGCCAUUCAGACUGGUGAAGAGCUCUUUUUUGAUUACAGAUAUAGUCAGGCUGAUGCCCUCAAGUAUGUAGGCAUUGAAAGAGAAAUGGAAAUCCCUUGAUACCAACUACCUCGCCUAUAAAACAGCUGCCUUAUCUUCAGGAGUUUCUACUAUGGGCAAUUUUAUUUUUAAAAAUUGAAUUGAUGCAAUUUGGAAUGCAAAAUUUGCAAAGUACUGUACCUGUAAU